AUGUGGGCGAUAGAGGAAAAAGAAAAUGUUUACUAUGUUAUGAAAAAUAAUACCAGAAUGCGGUUUUCCAGAAGCAAACAUAUGUGUCCUCCUUUGGAACGACUAGAUUUACCAUGCACGGAAGAUCUGCGGUCAAAGCAUAUGAACUGUGACCCCCAGAAAGCCGUUAUUCUUACAUUUCAAGGUGGAAAAAAGCAAUUUGCAUCCAGGGGGAACUAUGAUUGGAAUUAUAAUGGCCUCUGCAGGCAGUUCAAAAACUUCACAGAUCCAGAAGAAUUUGUUUCUGCGGUUAAUGCAGCAAUGGGUGUUUUUGAUGUGGUAUAUGAAACACAAAUGCAAUCAGAUCCCAUGGACCCCACACCAAAUAACGAUGAUUCUGGAAUAUUUGAUUUUGUUUGUCCAGAAACAUGCAUGGAGGCAAAUGAUAACUUACCUUCUAGUUCGGAGUCUAAUGAACCUCCCACAAAGAAACAGAAAGUAAAACCAUUACAGACUUCAUUAAAUAAAAGUAAGCCUUCCCAGAGAGAGAUUGAUGAAGAAGACAAAAUCCUUAAAAGAAUAAAAGAAAAAACUCUUCCAGGAAUUCAUCAGAUAUUGCUGACAAGGAUUGAUGGGCCUGAAAGGGCUUACAGGGACACAAAUACCUCCUUUGUAAAACAGAUUCAGAAUGGACAGACAUUAUCGUGUACAUCUCCACAACCCCUAGCCCUUCACUUAAUUGGGGAAAACGUCAUGUCUCAAGUGGACAUCCAGCAUCUUUCUGGAUAUUCCUACACCUGCCUAGGAGGCAAUCACCAAAGGUUGGCAGCAAAUGAGAAUCAUGUCCUGUAUCCGAACAUGCCACAAUAUCUGUCACUACCAUCCCUCAUCUUUGUAAACCUGACUCAUGAGGAAGAGAUUUUUGUAGCUGCAAAUCAUAACAUUAUUGGGCAUAACAUUAGCAAGAUCUCUCACAAAGACAUGGUGAAAAUGUUUCGCUCUUUGAAACCAGAAGAAAUAGAUGUCGAGUUGUGCAGGUGUGAAAACACUAAAGCUUGGCGAUCAAAGUGCCAACAACAUCUUCCUCCUGGCUGUGACAUAUCCAGCUAUCAGGCAUUGUUCUGGAUUGCUUGUUCUAGCAAACAAGUUUUUGAUAAAAUCAUCCUAAUUUUUGAGCUUUUUGAGCAAGGAAGGCUAAAGAACCAGAAAAUGAAAAAACAUGCUGAAUCUCCAAAGUUGCAGGUAACAAGACCAUGGAGAGCCCUCAUGACUUUGCCGGAUGACACAGUCAUGGAAUUACUGUCAAAAGUUGCCAACCUGAACUGCGGUUUGGAGGAGAUGACUAAGGAUGCAGAGUACUUGAAGAGUACUAGGAAUGUGCAGUUUGCUGUUAGCAAACUAAGUAAAAUGCCUUGGGGCCAGUGCUUGGAGAAAUUUUGGGAUGGAGAGGAAGAGGCCGAAGAAGAACUGAGCCAGUUUUUAUAUGAUGUGAGGAGAGGUGUGCCAGGUGACAGACUCCGCCUGUAUGUGGAAAAUAAACUUAAAGAUCCGACACAGAAGUCUGCCAGUCUAAUUAUACAGGAGGACCCAUUAAAUUUCCUUAAAAAUGGACAAUUUCACAACACUCCAGAUGCAAUCAUCUAUAAUGAGGAAACGUCUGAAUGGCAACAGCUCCUCCGUAUUACUAUGGACCUCCCAUGCUUGAGUGAAGAUGUGUCAGUUCUUCUAACCUCAUCAUGGGAGGGAGUGAGUGAUCUUCUCAAAGCGCUGGAUCUGAUGUACCCUUCAAAGAAGAAGGCUGUCAUAGUGUUUCACAACAAAGCCAGCAAAUCUACCCAGCCGUAUGUACGCCUAAUAACAAGGAGGAGUGCAAUGCCGGAAUUGAUUGAGGGAAAUUCUAAAGUACAGUUUUAUGAGAAACUUCUGAAUGGAGGAAAGUUUAUGGGGGAAGGAGGAAACCUCCUCGUUUUGCAUUGUGGAAAAGGAGAAGCAUUGAAAGCUGCCCAGAAACGAAAGAUCUCUGUAACUGGAGUAGAGAACAGAAAAGAAAUGUUCCGUCAGUGUAACCGUAUUGUUCAGGACUAA